CAAGCUGAGGCCGCGUCCUAGGGCCGAGCCGGGGAUCCUCGCAUCUUCCCCGUCGGCGGCGCCAUGGCGGACGACGACGACGAUGACUCGGACGAGAAGUCGUCCAUGUCCACCAUGUCCACGGCUGGUGGCAAGGGCAAGAAGGCUGCUGCUGGCGGCGGGGGCUCGGGACUCGGACUCUGUCUGUGUCUGGUGGGCGUACUGGGCGUGUGCGCGGCGGGAGCGGUGGCCGCCUUCCUGCUGCUCGACGACGGCGGCGGUGCCAACAAGACCGACAACGCGAGCGAAGCGGCAUCGGCAGCCGCCAGUGGAGCCACGUCCGCCGCCUCGGCGCCGGUUUCCUCGACCACGGUCGCCAAGCCGGAGGGGGCCCGCGGGGCCACCGAGGACGCGCCGCAACUCGACGCGUACGGGCGCUUCGCCCAAGAGGAGGACAAGCCCCUGAAGACGGCUGUCGUGUCCAGGCAGCGAGAGCAUCGAAAAUCGUCCAGGCGACGCUCCCGCGUUAGAUUGGCCAACGGGGCUGUGGUGAGGCAGUCCAGUCAGCACCAAGGGACGGAAAGAACAUCGGGGAAGCGUGCCAAGCGUACGGCAGCCACUCGACGUUCUACUCGACGCUCCGCGAGGGAGGCCAGGCUACUGGCCUCCAACGGAGUCAGGUUGCACAGAAAGCGGCAACACCCGGCCAACGCGCCGUCUGCCGGCGCAGCAGCGCAUCGUAUCGCGAACUUGAGGGCGGACACCGACAAGAGGCGCAGUGUGGCCAGCUCACACGAGGUGUCGGUAACUUCCGCUGGUAGUCGAAGAAAUGCUUCGGGAACGACACGUGCUCUUACAAGCAAGAAUGCGACGCGAAGAGCCGUAACGGCCGGUGCCAAUCGCAACACAACAGACCGUUCGAAAGAAAAGGCUUCCGCCGCUGCGGCUGGCUCACACGAGGUGUCGGUGAUUUCCGCUGGUAGUCGUGUGAACGAGUUGGCAAGGACAAGGGUUCCUGCAAGCCAGGACACGACGCGAAGCGCCAGCACGCCAGAUGCCAACCGAAGAAUAGCGGGCAGUUCGAAGGCUUCCCGUGCUGCAGUCAAAUCAGACGAAGUGUCGGCGAAUACCGCGGGUAGUCGCGUGAACGCGUCGGAAAGGAUACCGGUUGCUACAAGUGAGGAUACAAAGCGGAACGCCGGCGCGCCAGAUGCCAACCAAAGCAUGACGGGCAGUUCGAAAGCUUCCCGUGCUGUGGUCAGGUCUGACAAGGUGUCGGAUAUUACUUCUGGUGGCCACGUGAGCUCGUCGGCAAGGACACGGGUUGCCACAAGCGAGAAUGUGAUGUGGAGCGCCGACACGGCAGUUGCUAACCGACGCACGACGGGCACUUCCAAGGCUUCCGCCGCUGUUGUCAAAUCAGACGAGGUGCCGGCGAUUUCCUAUAGUAGCCGUGUGAACGCGUCGGCAAGGACACGCGAUGUUCCACGUGAAAAUGCGAAGCUUAGUGCCGGCACGGCAGAUGCAAGCGCUUUGAAGGAGAAGGCUUCUCAUAGGAGCCUUGGCGGGACAAGCAUUUCUGCAGCGAGUGGCGACGGACGUGCCGUCAGGACCGAGAACGAGUUCUCCCGAGGUGGCGCCCCGGCUAGCUUGAGUGUUCAUGCUCAAUAGUGUGGCCUUGCAUGAUACGCGAGAUAACACUCGUGAAUAUUAAAGUGCCAUAUACUGCUUCAGUUCUUUUCUGUCCAGAAUAAGAAUUACUUU